AUGGAUACUGACAACGCUGAUCAUGAUCCGGUCGUCAUUGUAACCAACGCAGUCGGUGAACCUGAUGUAGACAUGCGCAUCACCAACGUAAUCGACCCCGAACGUUCGUAUACGAAACUGUUGCGCAUCAGUGCUCUCGUACUCAGAUUUGUUGCAAAUGCGAAAAAAAAUCCCCAACUACAAAACGUUGGACCGCUCACGGCAGGUGAAAUUCAAGACGCAGAAACAAUGUGGAUUAAACAUGUUCAACGUCAGAGCUACGGAGAUGAGAUCAAGACGUUAAUGUCAAAACGUAGGACAGCAGGUCCACUCGUGAAACAACUUCGGUUAUUUCUUGACAACGAUGGAAUAUUACGCGCAGGCGGACGAUUGCAUAACGCGCCUAUUGACUACGGAACGAAAUUUCCGAUUCUGAUUCCAUCUAGACAUCGAUUCGCGGAACUUAUCAUUUGGAAUGCACAUACGAACGUUCUUCAUUCAGGAUUACAAUCUACUAUCACGCGUAUUCGCCAGCGUUUCUGGAUUACCAACAUUAGACAGCGCGUAAAAUCGUUGUUACGGCAGUGUGUCACUUGCAAGAGGGUUAUGGGGAAACCAUAUAGGUCACCUAUUCCACCACCAUUACAAGCGUCGAGACUACUUAAGGCACCCCCAUUUACUGUGACUGGUGUAGAUUUCAGUGGUGCUUUAUUCAUACGAAACGAACACUCAGAAUCGAAGGCUUACGUGUGCCUCUUUACAUGCGCCGUUAUCAGAGCCGUUCAUCUAGAACUUGUUACUGAUCUCUCAGUUGGAACAUUCCUUCGUGCGUUCAGACGUUUUGCCGCCCGGAGAUCGCUUCCGAGCAAAAUGAUUUCUGACAAUGCGUCAACCUAUCUCUCUGCGGCUGCAGAACUCAAGCAGUUGUUUGAAUCUGAAUCAGUUAAAACCUAUUUAGCUAACCGCCGUGUUGAAUGGUUGUUCAUACCGAAACGGGCACCUUGGUACGGUGGUUUUUGGGAACGGUUGAUUGGGUUGACAAAGACAGCCAUGAAAAAGGUGCUAGGCCGCCGUUUCUUAACGCUUGAUGAGUUACAGACUGUCCUCACCGAGAUUGAGGCCAUACUCAAUGACCGACCGAUCACAUAUCUGUCCUCAGAUACUGAUGAUUUACAACCGCUUACGCCAUCGCAUUUUACAUGGUAG